AUGACUGAGUCUACAGCUCUUUGCCUAGUGCGGUGUUGCUCUCAGGGGGCGCUCUGUCCGCCUGCGCGCGCAUUUUCGGAUCGGAACUACGACGCGAGACCUUGUCCGCCCUCGCUUCUCCUAGCGGAGCAUUCCUACCCUCAUCCCGGCGCUCUUCUUCUUCUUCUUAUCAUCCAGCCUCAGCGACAAGCCAAGAUGGAUCGUCCCAGACGGUCUCAGCGUGUACAAGUGGCCGAUACGCCAGCAGACUCUCCGAGAGACUCGCAGCAGCCCCAGGAAGAUGGCGUGGCAGCUCAGAAUGACGUGGUUGCGUCCACCUCGGUGAUACGAUCCGGACCGCGUCUGAAGCCGUAUCCGCUGCCGGAGAGCUAUGCUCGUCCUGCUCCCACUCCUGCGUGGCCUCUCUCAAGCAGCGUUGCUCCUCACAAGCCCCAGACGGCGAUUGCGCCCGGUCAAGCGCUCCAUACGACGUUUCCCAGUCGGAUGCGAAUGGGAAUCUCCUCCUUGAUGCAACCGCUUCCUCCUCCAGGCGACAACUCCGAUCCUAUGUUCGGCAGAAGCGUGGCAGCGCCCGUCGAUUACGGAUUCGGCUCAAGGCGUAGCGGACGCGCUACUGCGAAUCAGAGGCGAUACAUUGAAGAGGCAUCCGAUGCAGAUGACGACUCGGAAGAUGAGGAUAAUGGCAGUGGAACACCUUUGAGGGCCCGAGCUAGCAGUCCCAGGAGGCAAGCCGCUGGUGGCAGCUCAAGAGCUACGCCAGCUCAGGGGCCUUCAGAGCCUCCAGAGAUUCCGGGGCAGCGUCUUGGCCUACCGCCUCCCGCCAACAAGCUCAGCGUGAAGCGGGCAGCAAAGACCCCUCACAUCUACUUCACCGAACUGGACAACGCUCGAGCCGCCGACCAUCUCGAACGGCUGAUACCCAUCCGCAUAGAGCUGGAGACCGAGACACACAGGAUCAAGGAUACGUUCUUGUGGAACACUAGUGAGCGACUUGUCUCUGUGCAUCAGUUCGUCAAGGUCUUUCUGCAAGAUCUGGAUCUGCCGUUCGAGCCUUACGGUCCAAUCUUGGAGGGACAGAUGAAGAACCAAAUGGAGGACUGGUCACAAUUGGCUGAGGUACACCUCAUGCCCGCCCCUGGUGGAGUUUGGUCGUGUCGUGACCCUGAUCCGGCGAAAGGCGAGAGGGGAAGGGGCGACAUCAAGGACAAGAGGGAGAGGCGCAAAGAUGCCCGGAUGUGGAAUUGGGGCAUCGAGAGGGAAUUCAGACGUCACAUGCAAUCGAACGGCAAGAAGCGUAAGCUGGACGAUAUGACGCAGAUUGAGGGGCAGAACGGCAGCUGGGAAGACGAUCUGCGAGUCAUCAUAGACUAUGAUGUUCAGAUUCUGCGUCACUCUCUCCGAGACCGACUGGAGUGGGAUUUGUCGUCUCCUCUUACACCCGAAGCUUUUGCAGCCCAGACAUGCAAGGAUAUCGGUCUCUCGGGUGAAGCUCUACCAAUCAUCGCGACGGCUCUUCGCGAGAGCAUACUCAAUCACAGGCGUGCGGUACUCGAUGAGGGCCUCUUCGGUCUGGGAGAGGCCUGGGGUGCGGCCGAUGAGGCUGAGAUGGUGGCCAGGCAAGAGAUAGAAGCUAUGAAGGCGCAGAAGAGGCUGAUCGCGGAUGAUGCAGCGCUUACGAAGUCCGAGCACCUCGCCACGCCGCUUGAUCAUAGCGCAAAGGAUAGUAGAGCAGCGCCAAAGUCUCCCAUGCCGCCGCCUCCCCUGCCUGUGUCACGUCUGAGCGCUCCGCUUCCUCAAGCAGACGGUAGGAGCGGUGCGACCUCUCCGAUCAUGGAUUCUUUGGCUGAAGACGCCAGCGAUGCAACGCCGCCUCCCUCGAUGGAAGCAACGGUCGAUCCGCGCUACAAGCUGGCACAGGCUGUGGCUGAAAAGCAACGCUUCACCGAACGAGGACCUCGCCCGCUUACGAGCGUCUGGCGCGAUUGGUUCGAGUCGAAGCAGUUUGGUCCUUUGCUAGAGUAUAUCAGCAACGAGGAUAUGGAAAAGAGAGAGAUGGAAGCUCUUCGGGCGACUAGGCGGCAACGAAGAGAAGCAGCGAGAUUCACAGGCGGCGGGGGCGGAGGCAGAGCGGAGAGCAAGAGCUCUAGGCUGCAUUUCAGAAAUAGAUGAGUCAACGCAUGGCAGAGCCCUGCAUGUCGACCAACUCUUGAUCCAAGCUACCAUCGGCUUGUCGUCGAGAUCCCUUGUCUGGGCCAGCGUCGCGCCCGUGAAUGAAAAUCAUACCUCAUUGUC